AUGAUCCGGUGCUGCUUUUUGGUUCUUGUGGGCGCUGCGGUGGUGAGCGCCCAGUUCCCCCGAGAGUGUGUGACACCCGAAGCUCUUAGGAGCGGAACGUGUUGCCCGUCGCCCAAUGGACUCAACAACGACCCGUGCGGCGUCAGCACCGGGCGCGGACAGUGCGUUUUCAUUUCGGUGGACGCGAGCCCGCACGGCCCUCAGUAUCCGCACGAUGGACAGGACGAUCGGGAAUUAUGGCCCAUCCGUUUCUUCAACCGGACCUGUCAGUGUAACAACAACUUUGGCGGGUUUGACUGCGGCCGCUGCAAACACGGGUGGACUGGAUUCAACUGUGACCAGAAGGUUUCUGUCGGUAAGUGCGCAUGCUUGGUGGAAAUUUUGGAGACAGGUUAUGUAACGAAUGUAAUGAUGCAGAUUUGACUCAUUAGAGAGCAAAACAAGAGGUGCCAAUGCUAUUUCUGUCUUGUUUAGCUGCAAGACUCUUGUGCGUAAAGUUUUCGCUCUGGUUUUUAUCGCUUAAAUUAUUCAGUAAAAACUUUUUUAAAAUAAAUUUUCCAAAGUAAACUCGUUUAGUCAAUGAAAACAGCAUGAAAACAACUAAUUCAAAUCAGUAAAUAAGUGAGAUAGAAAUCUUUGGUAAAAGGGUCUUUGACUGCUGAAUUUAUUGACCAAAACCACCUGCUGAUCACAUUUCAUGUAUUUUUUUCACAGUCGUUAAAUUCUGAUCCCGAAUUAACGCAUGACUUAUUCACUAAUCCACUUUCCCUCUCUGCCAUAAUCCCCGCAGUAAGAAGAAACGUGAUGCUUCUCACCCCGGAGGAGAAGCGUGCUUUCUUGAACGCAUUGGACCAGGCCAAGAGCACAAUACACCCGGACAUUGUGAUCGCCACGCGGCACUAUCCGGAGAUCUUCGGGCCCGAUGGCAACACGAUGCAGUUCGAGAACAUCACCAUCUAUAAUUUCUUCGUGUGGACCCACUAUUACUCAGUCAGUAAGACGUUCCUGGGCGCGGGACAGCCCAGCUUCGGAGGGGUGGACUUCUCACACGAAGGGCCCGGUUUCCUGACUUGGCACAGGUACCACCUGCUGCAACUGGAGCGAGAUAUGCAGGUAAGGCACGCGCUUUUGACUGAAUCAGAUAUGGUGCUGACAGCUUGUUUGUUUAACCUAAUGUGUUUCCCCACGACUGUAUAAGCGUGGAAAUCACCAUUGACGAGACAAUUUCAUACUUUGAUAAGUGAGCAAGAUGCGAUUUCAUGGGUUUAUGUUCGAUUUGAUUCACUAUCUAUUAAUUACACACGAGUCAGAGGAGCUUUUAAACUUAACUUCCUUGCAGACUUGAAAGGACGCUCAUAAAUUCCACAUUGUUACGCACAGAAUCGGGCUUUUACGCACUCUUAACAGAGGGCCCAUUUUGAUAUCAUGAUCAUGAUGACCACAUGCCUCAGGUCCUCUUCCAACUAUAAAGGAAGCAUUGCUGCUUUGAAGCCUGGAAUUUUUUUUAGAGGUGCUUUAUUUGAGAGGAAAUAAUGGUGUGGAAAAAUACAUCUCUAAAGUGUAGAUACUCAGUCUGUUAUGUGCUUUGAUGUCUGGGUAGGGAUUCUUGGUCCUGAUCGGAUCUAAAAUAGUUUGGUUUUAGGAUUUGGUGACUUUAUGAGUACCUGCAAAGCUUUAUAAAAUACUGACUUAUAAAACCUUUGUAGUGGCAUGUACAAGUACCUUUAUCCUGUAUGAUUUUAGGGGACUUUAAAUAAUGAGUUUGCAGUAGAGAGCCAUACUUAAACUUUUGCAUCAGCUGUUUUAUUGGCGCAAUAAAAUGAAGGCUCAAGCAACUCGCCACCACAUUCACUAUUUCUCUUUUCAAACCAACCAGGAUAUGCUGCAAAACCCAUCAUUCGCCCUGCCUUACUGGAACUUUGCCAUUGGCGGAAACCAAUGUGACAUCUGCACAGAUGACCUGAUGGGAGCCAGGAGCAGCUUUGACAUAAAUUCUCUGAGUCCCAACUCCAUCUUCUCCCGCUGGAGGGUGAUCUGUGAGAGCGUAGAGGACUACGACACCCUGGGAACCAUCUGCAACAGUAAGGCGAUUGUUUAUUUAGCAUAGGAGAUGUUAUAGUGGCGGUAUAGCGAUUCCUUUUGUUUUAUUUAAAUGCAGCACAGUUAUUUUAGUCUGAAAUGGUUCCUUUUCCAGGCACCGAGACUAACCCCAUCAGAAGGAACCCAGCAGGAAAUGUUGACAGGCCGAUGGUACAGCGUCUCCCUGAGCCCAAGGAUGUGGAGGACUGCCUGCAGGUUACACCAUUUGACACACCACCCUACUACUCCACUUCCUCGGAGAGCUUCAGAAACGCAAUUGAAGGUGACUUAAAGACAUUUUUUCUUUUCUAUUUCUGGCGCAGUGUGACAGCCUUUUCUGACACAAUUUUCUCAUUGUUACCUGCAGGCUACAGCACCCCUCAGGGGAAAUAUGACCCUAUAGUGAGGACCCUCCACAACCUGGCCCAUCUGUUUCUGAACGGGACAGGAGGAACAACUCACCUCUCACCCAACGACCCCAUCUUUGUCCUUCUGCACGCCUUCACCGAUGCCAUAUUUGAUGAAUGGCUGAGGAGACACGCUCCAGGUGUUUCAGCAAAUUGUGUCUCUUUUCGUGUCUUUGAUGAUAAAUCCACUUCUCAAAGCAGACUAUACAGUCCAUGGUUAGCUCUUUGGCUAGCUUGUCUUAAAAAAACUCUAAUGUUAACAUAGUUAGCUUUAAGGCUAAUAUCAACUACUUAAACACCUUAAACCUUAGCUUACUUACUCUAUAUACCUCUUUGUUUCACUCCACCAAUGCUAUAAUAUUAAGCACAUUUGCUAACCCUAGCUAUCUCUACACAGAUAUGUCCGUGUUCCCUGGAGAAAUGGCCCCCAUCGGCCACAACAGGGGCUACAACAUGGUGCCUUUCUGGCCUCCUGUGACAAACGCUGAGAUGUUUGCGACCGCCCCUGACAAUCUUGGUUACUCUUACGAAGCUCAAUGGCCAAGUAUUACACUUUCUAACUUCUAUUUUGACUUUAUGUUUUUCCAAUUUUGUUGAACUAAGAUAACAAUCAUGUCUUUGAACUUCUCCAGGCCAAGCUUACACCCUGACCGAAAUCAUCACAAUGGCAAUAGUCGCCGCUCUCGUGGUUGUUGCCGUCAUUUUCGCCGCCACCACAUGUGCCUUGCGUGCAAGGUCUUACAAGAUGGAUGGCCACCAGCCCCUGCUUGGGGAUCAGUACCAGCGCUACGACGACAAAAACAGCCAAUCUGUUGUAUAA